UCUUUGUCCUUCCGAAGGGCAGCAGAGGUCUUUCGCUUUUGGUGCUAUGAACUAGGAAAUUCUAAUCCCUCCCGAAUUUUCGUGUCUUCUUUACACUAACCAUUGUGUUUGUAGUGUCAAUAUAAAAUAUUUCAAAUCAUUAGUUUUUUUUGUUUCAACUUAUACGCCUGUUGGUAAUCAGCGAUAAUUAAUCGGCGCAUUAUUUUUUUUCUUUUGGCCGGUGUUGGAAGCCACGUGCAACUGAUGAGAUUUCAGAAAGUCCAUGGACUAAACAAAGUUGGCAGUUCAUUUCUCCAAACUUCUUUAUACCAGUGACAAUGUAGCUUCAAUCUGCUUGAACCAAGGAUUUGCGUCUAUAAUUGUGCUACAGCCAUUUUGAAAAUGCCGACCUCACUGUCCAGAGAGGAAGUUAAGAACCUCUUGUCUUCCCUGUUGAUAGCAAGGAAAGAGGCGCUUACAACAGGUGUGCCAAUAGUUAAAUUGGACUACGACUUCAAAGAAGAAACUGGUAUACGCAUACCAUUCAGAGAAUUUGGUCAUGGAUGUCUGGUGGAUUUUCUACGGAGUCUACCUGAUGGAUUGAGCAUAAGACCUUCCAACGGAAUGCAUUAUGCUUAUCCGGUAGUGUCGGAGAAAACGCAACAUGUGAGUAAUCUGGUUGCUGGUCAGAAUCGCAGAAAAAUGGCUCGUCCGACAAGGAGAUUGCACAAGCCAAGCGCCUAUUAUCCAAAAGUUCAAUUGCCGCCAAUGAGAUUAAGCAGUAAGCAGUUGACAGAGAUAGCAAAACUCGUGAAGAAUAAUGUAAACGGUAUCCAUCACAGUCGAGUUCUUGAUUUCGUGAAAAAAAACUUGGAUGCUCACAUCAACUGGAUGGAUUUGAAGCGGCAGUUGGCAGACAUUGCUCAUGAGGUAGAAGUUGCAGGUGACUGGUUGUAUCCGGCGGUUUCACCGUACCGUCAUCAGGAAUAUAAACAGCCGCAACCUCGAGAUGCCUCCACAAGUGAAGAAUCUCGAGCCAACAGCCAGCCUUCGCAAUUUAAUGAAAGAAAAGCCACCUGCAGGCCAGCUGGAUUUUCCCACAGCGAAGACGAUGACUGUAGCAAAGAUUUCUAUGCCGAAGCGAAUGAAAAGAUCGUGCAAAAGGAGGACAAUAAACCAAAAGAAAACCAUCCAUCAAAUGAAAAAACACCCGUUUAUCCCACGUCCACUUCUGACAAAAAUGAGACCGUUAAGUGUCCACCGGGUUUCCAUGAGCUGCAAGAAACAACCUCCACCAACGACGACGCAACCGAUAACGAAGCGAUAAGCCAUCUCAUUAACGAACGAACGCGAAUCCGCUUGCAGAAACUCAUCGAAAAACAUCCUGAUGGUAUCUGGUGCGCUGAUUUGCCUCAAUUAUACCGAAACGAAUAUACGAUUCCUCUCAACUACGAAGAACUUGGCUUCGUCAGCGUUAUCGAGUUUGUGUCUCAUCUGCCAGGGAUCUUUCAAUCAACGAGACCACAAGACAAAGGGGAUUUCAAACUGUAUAAUGCUAAAACUGGCAUUCCAGACGCCAAGCCUCGUGAAAGACCUAAAGUUGCCACUCUCGCUACUCUUCACAACAUCUAUGAACAGUAUGUCGAACCAACUGAAGCAAUCCCGUCUGUUUUGUCAAAAUUAACAAUGGAUAAACUUAUCCCCGACGGAGUGAUGACAGCGAACGAGACGGUGGCGCAAAUUUGUGUCACGGAGUUGAAUCGUGGUAUUAACGAAUACAUCAACGUGAUAGUUUGCGACGUUUAUACACCGACAUUCUUUUGGAUACAAUUGUUUCGGCGAAUCCCCAAAUUCCAAAGCUUCAUGAACGAACUUCACGCUUUUUACGAACGUGAGGCUAAAAAAUACGUGCUACCGUUGGCUGUGAUGGAGAAAGGGAUGAAUUGUGCUUGUACAUAUGAUGGUAAAUGGCACAGAGCCAUUAUCAAGACUGUCAGGCCAGACAAUUACGUUACUGUUUUGUUCUACGAUUAUGGAACCAUCAAGAGUUAUCCAGCGGAAUCCAUACACUUUUUGCAUCGCAAGUUUUCGAAUAUACCAGCGCAGGCGAUACCUUGUGGCUUGUACAACGUGAAACCUGUGUCAGGAACUCAAUGGCCGUGGAACGUUGCAUGUGAAUUUGUUAAUAGAACAACGAACGUGCCACUCGUUGCUACGAUAGCUUCGAUAGACACAGAUACGAAUUCGAUGAUGGUGGCGUUGACAAACACCGACGGACCCGAGGAUUUCCACAUAAACGAUUGGAUGGUUCAAAGCGGUUUCGCGGUUUAUGGAUCUAUGGUUCGUAUCAGGCCACGGAACUAUCCAUUCCGACGUUUCUUGGAAUGCAAGUCUCGCAUUUCCCCACAAAGUGGUAAAGAGCUCUUGUCGAGCGAUACAAGUGAGAUUUACUCAAAAGCGAAUAACGCACGGAUCGAGAACGAUUUAAUGGAAAAGCGCGAUUUUUACGAUAGUUUGUUAAAAUUACAUCGUGUAUCAAGGCUCGGUAAAAUUUCAGCGUCACCAUUGUUAGUUGACGACAGCACGGGAGAGGAAUGCGAGAAUCGUCGUUUUUCGUCAGGAAACUGUGAAGAGAGCGUUGUCAAGGACGAGAAUAAAACGAGCCAAGCGAAAUUGGAUUCCGGUACACGCGAUCAAAAAAUCAAUAAAAAACUGCUCAAAGAUCUGUGUGAAUCACAUCAGAGUCGCAAACUAUCGGAAGCCGAUAGAACUACCGAGAGUGAUUCACCGUACCGUGGAGAUCGGGGUCCUACGAACCUCUCUCUAUCCGGGCACUUUUUGAAUAGUGACGUUCGUAAAAACCAGCAUUCUAAUGUUGAAAAUCCCCAGUCAAGUAUGAGGAAACAAUGCAUCACGGAAAUUCCCACUGACGACAGCAGCAUGACCGAUGAGGAUCGAGCUGUCAAUCCGCCGAACGAAGUCGUUCCCUUACAUCUCCGAAAUUCUGGCCCAAUCGAAAGUUUACCUGAAUUUGGAACAUUGCAUAGCAGAUUCGGCGGCAACGGUCGUAUGGAAUUCAUUGAUUGGUCAAUGGCUUCGAAACCUGAUAAAAUUGACAAAAAAGCAACGAAUAUUCCUAGUCGUCCGACUGAAAUCGGAGAAAAAAUAAGUAAGGAUGUUACUAAGCAUGAAUCAAAGGUGCAGGAACGGCGUAAUCACGAGAGUAAUAAAUCCCUUAAGGAGCUUGAAUCUCGCUCGGACGUUACUGGGAAAGAAAACACUGAUAAUUCAAAUUGGGAUGGGCCGAAGAAACUUCCAGUGGCUAGAAGAGCCUUAUGGGAUCUCGUGAAGAAAAAGAGAGACCAAAGUUCUUCUGGCUCUGGCGAAACAGAAUGCGAAAAGGAGAUGAAAGGCCGUGAAGGAGAGGCAAAUGUCGACUCAGUAAAAAAAAAAACGCCAAUUUUUUUUCACAUCGAGGAAAUGAAGGUUCCGACGACGAUAAAUAAUGGUGCGGAUGGUGAUAAAGGUCAUUGGAAGGCUGUUCCACUGGAGGAUAUAAAAAAAUUGAUCAAAAAUUCAGAGACUAAAAAAAAGGUAUCGAUCACAAAGAAAAAUCAUAAAUUACUAAGAAACGAAGAGCCUUCGAACCUCCCAAAAGCUGAUAAAUGUUUCGUACGAAUUGUCGAUGAAGUUAUACUCUCAGAUUGUGCGAAGGUUGAAUCAGCACCUGCACUACUCAGAGGAAAUAUUAAACCGAUAAAGGACAUAAAACCUCGGUUGAAAAUGAUGAAGAACAGACUGAAAGAGCAGCGCCAAGAGCGUGUAAAACUAUUUAUACCGGACAGAAUAAUGAAUAUUAUACGAAGCGAGGUGUUGAAGGACAGUUCGGACGAUGAUCAGGCUGUCGAUUCGAGCUCGUCACAGAGCAAAGAGUCGAAAACUUUGUCGGAGUCGUUGAGCGAGAGGGAUGAGAGUUCGGAUUCUGCUGUACAAUCAACAAAGUCAGUAAAUUUAAUUGAGUUUUCGGACUCGAAGGAUUCCUCGAGUGAAAUAUCGACUGGGCAACCGAUUCAGAAAUCUUCUGCAUUGGAAAUAAAUUUAAUCGCGGACAUCGGUGAAUCGAGUACGAACAAACCGGAUUUGCUCUCGAAUAUCAAGGGAUCAAGCUGCAAUACUGAAGAACCUGGUGAAAAGGGGUCCGUUUCAGAUUCACCACAAGACACGAAUGCUUGGCUCCAAAAUGUUUGUCUUAAAUCGAAGACGCCACUGCAAAACUUGAUUCACUCGCACGCGAAUAGUACCUUCAACUCCACUCUCGAUUCCGACGAUUUAUCGUUCGAGGAAACCAAGAUCGGGAAAGAUAAGACAUUUGUUGCAGUAGAUUCGCCUCUUAUUUCCAUUAAUAAUUCUCUAAUUGAAGAACGAAGUUUGAAAAAUGGAGCCAACGCUUCGCUAACGCUGGUGAACGAGGAACUCUGUGAUCUGCAGAAAAAGAUGGAGAAUAACGACCACAAAAAAGAAAACGAACUAAUGACUGUCUCGUCAAAACCUCGUGCCUCUGAAGAGGUUCCAGUCUUCGACGAUUUGAAUCUCGAGUCUAACGAUGACGAGUGGGAUUACUCUCCCGGAUGGCGUCUUCCUGAGGUUCCCGAAACUUGUGAAACAGUGAACAAUUGUCCAGAACCUUCUGGAAGUCAAUCGGUCGUUAUUGAAGAAGUGAAUUCGGAGCAGAUCGACCCGAGCGACGAGAGCAGUAUCGAAAUGUCCGAAGACAUUGACAUCGAUACGAGGUCGCACGGUUCCUCGAGACAGGAAACUGACACCGACCCGCCGGCGAAGGACUGUAAAUCUAUUACGAUUGACGACGAUUCGUUUGCUUAUGCGAAAUUAAAUCUCACCGAAGAUUCCAUGUUCAACAAAUCGGAAUUGCCUCUCGAUGACGACGAAUCUCGCACGCCCUCCCGAUCCUGCGAUUUUCGAAAUGACAAAAAACCUCUCAUCGAUCCAAAUUCUUCUUCGAACGACGAAUCUCUAACGCAAAACGCUACUCCCGAACAAUCUUCGUUAUCCGGUUACAAACGUUAUUCGAUUUUGAGUGAAAUUCAGAAAUCGCCGAUGCUCAAUAAGCCCAACACUUUUGCGGCUCUUGACGAUAGCUCAUCCGGGGAAAAAUCGGACACUAGUUACAAAAUUUCCCUCAUCAAAGCUCUAAAACGUUAUUUUUGAAGUUUUUGCUAUUUUUCUAUUAUAUUUUUCAUAUUCAGUUAACCUACGCAGUGUGUACGUUAAAUUUUGACAAAUGAUAUCAAUCCCGCACGACGAAUAUAAUAAUUUUAAUUUCAUUUUUUCACUUAAUCAUAGACAGUAUGAUACGCAUAAAUCGAAUCCUUUUUCGAUAUUAUUCAAAGAUUUUCUGAAUUUUAUAUUCUUCAACUUUAUCAAAAAACGUACAGGCCAACAGAAAAACAACUUUGUGUUCCAUCUUCGACUAUAGCAUUAUUCUGCUAUUCAAUAUUUUCACGAGGGAAAAAUCAGUCCUUUUUUUGUACCAUUUUUGAAUAUUUAAUUCUUAUAGGUUUUGUACAUUCUCUGAAACAUUAUAAAUAAAGUAUACUUUCGUUAAACAAAA